AUGACGCGGAAUGACUCUGUAUCACCCGCAGUGACCAAGCAAGGAUCGCAGCUUCUGCCUAGUUUGUACUCUGACCAGUCGAUCAAACGUCUCAAAGCCAUCUCAUCACUGAGGCGACGUGGGAUCGGGGACUCCGUGGCGCUUCCUCAAAUCAUCGUUUGCGGUGAUCAGUCUGUUGGUAAAAGCUCGGUGCUUGAAGGGAUUACCGGCAUACCUUUUCCUCGACAAGAUGGGCUUUGCACACGAUUUGCAACCGAAAUCAUUCUUGAAGAUGAGGAGGGAGCACUUGACAUGCGCGUCUCCAUCACCCCACACCCAUCUUGUCCGAGCGACAAAAAAGAGACUUUGCUUGCAUUCAGCAGAACAAUGAGCGACCUAGAUGAUCUGCCUGACAUAAUUGAGGAGGCGGGUACAUUGAUGGGUCUGAAAGGAUAUGGCACCCUUUCUGAAGGACCGGCCUUUGGAAAGGACGUGUUGCGCAUUCGUGUCUCAGGACCAACGAACCUGCACUUGAGCGUGGUCGAUUUACCUGGCAUCAUACAGGUGCCAAGCGAAGUGCAGACAGAAGAGGACGUCGAAGCUGUCAAUUGGCUUGUUGACAGCUAUAUGAGCAGCCACAGAUCCAUAAUUUUGGCGGUCGUGCAAGCGGGAAAUGAUAUCUCCAAUCAGCCCGUAAUCAAAAAGAGCAAACACUUUGAUCCGAACGGCCAACGCACGAUUGGAGCUAUCACGAAACCAGACCUGAUAAAUCGUGGCACUGAAGCCAGGAUCGCGUUGCUAUCACGCAACGAGGACACAAUGAAACUACAGCUAGGCUUUUUCCUGCUCAAGAGUCCUGCCCCAGAGGAAAUGGCUAACGUCCCUCCCGGCGUCGCGAGCCACCCUAUGUAA